ACGAGAAUGGCAGCGUUAUGUAGCUAUCUAGGUAAAUGCUAAAGACUUUUAUGUUCUGGUCUUCGUUAAUUUUUUGUAAGCUGUAACAUUAAAAAUAAAAACGUAUUUUGCACUGUCAAUCGGUUUUAAGGGUACUAGUCAGCCAUGAGGGUCCUGUUGUGGCAGAAAAUCCUGCCCCAUCUACCCAGGACCCUAACCACUCCCUGCAGAGGUUGUGCAGGCCAUGCUCCUCUCCCCACCCACACUGACCAGAAGCCCGGCCGCCCCCCUCUCCUGGUCUCCCGUCUCUUUCAGCCCUCAAACCUCCGUGACGUGGGGCAGGAGGGCCGGGCCCCAGGGGAGACGACCUGCAAAAGCCAACGACUGAUGCAACAGGCUGGGCUCAUCCACCCCUCCAACCCUGGCUGCUACCACUACCUCCCAGCCACAGUGCGCUCCAUGGAGAAACUGGUCAGGCUGAUCGACCAGGAAAUGCAGGGUAUCGGAGGUCAGAAGGUGGACAUGCCCAGCCUGUGCUCAGCUGAGCUGUGGAGGCGUAGUGAACGCUGGGAUCUGAUGGGGAAGGAGCUUUUCCGCCUGCGAGACCGUCACGGGGGAGAGUACUGCCUCGGACCCACCCACGAAGAGGCAGUGACAGAGUUGCUAGCCUCCCAGGGAACCCUGUCCUAUCGACAGCUCCCACUGCUUCUCUACCAGGUCACCCGCAAGUUCCGCGACGAGCCGAAGCCACGCUUCGGACUGCUGAGGGGUCGGGAGUUCUACAUGAAGGACAUGUACUCGUUUGACGCGAGCGAAGAGGCCGCCUACCAGACGUACGAGUCUGUGUGCCAGGCCUACAGCAGGCUCUUCUCCCGGCUGAGCCUGCCAUGCGUCCAGGUCCAAGCUGACACGGGCAACAUCGGAGGGAAGCUCUCCCAUGAGUUCCAGCUGCCGGCAGAGAUAGGAGAGGACCGGUUGCUGGUGUGUGGAGCGUGCUCCUUUUCUGCCAACGUGGAGACGGUGGCUCCUGAUAGGACGGACUGCCCUCGCUGUCAGACAGGCACACUAGUGGAAUCCAAGGGAAUUGAGGUGGGCCACACCUUCUAUCUCGGCACAAAGUACUCGCGUAUAUUUGACGCCUCCUUCACCAACACCCAAAACAAGUCUGCCGUCACCGAGAUGGGCUGCUUUGGACUUGGGGUGACCCGGAUUCUCGCUGCAGCCAUCGAAGUCAUGUCAACAGAGGAAGGUAUUCGAUGGCCCGGUCUGAUAGCCCCAUACCAGAUCUGUAUUUUACCCCCUAAGAGGGGUAGUAAGAUGGACAGUGUAGCUGGCUUGAUUGAUGACUUGGUCCAACAACUGCGGGAGACCUUGCCCAGCCUGAGAGGAGAGGUGGUGUUAGAUGACCGAACCCAGAUGACUAUUGGUAAGAGGUUGAAGGACGCCAGUCGACUGGGGUACCCAUAUGUCGUUGUGGUGGGGCAGAGUGCUCUAGAGGAGACCCCUAGAUUUGAAGUGAUCUGUCAGCAGACUGGUGAAAAACUGUACCUCAGUAAGGAUGGCCUGGUAGACUUACUCAGAGCUGUGGAAACAGUCUGAUUUUGGACAUGUAUCAGGACUUAAUUUGAAUGGUUCUCUUUCAUUGAAUGGUGAUUGAAUGUGUUUACUGUAUAUUUGUAUGUUGGAAGCUGGACUAACGGGCAGUCCGUUUCUUCAAAGGGAUGGGGGUGGGAAAGGAUGAUAACUGUCACAUGUAAGAAGUAAAAACAUGGUUCUAUUGUA